AUGGCAACUACUACAGAAUCACCAGCCAAAAAAAUGUCGAAAUUUGGAGUUCAAACGGAGAAGGGAAAAGUAAUCCAUGCCUGGAGAAAUGCAGACAAGUACCAAGUUGAAGGUGUCCGUAUUGUCAUACAUUCUACUAAAUAUAAAACAUAUGACCAACUAAAAGUUGAAUUAAGUCAAAAAGUUGGACUAUAUACCGGUGCAGUACAGAGAGUAUACUCUACACAAAAGAAAUUGAUUAAAGGAUUAGAGGAUUUCGAAGAUAAUCAGAAUUAUAUUUGUUGUGGUGCUGAGAAGUUAAGUGAAGAUAUAUAUCCAAAGGGUUUGAUUGGUAUUUUUGUUGUAAAGAGUGAACAGGCACAUCCAUCGAUAUCGACAGCCAAAUCCGUUAGUUCAGAGCCAUCGAGUGGUGACCACUCAACCAGUACCACUUCCACCACCUCGUCAAGCACACCCGAGAGCUCGACUACCCCAACUUUGUCGUCGAUGGGUGCACAGCCAGGUCAGUCAUUGUCACGUCGCACACCAAGUCCAGGCUCAAAGAAACCGGUGGUUUCAUCGUACAAGGAUGGCGUACCCAAGAAAUUCGCCAUCGGAACAGACAAGGCAAAGGUGAUUUUGGCAUUCAGAAACGGUGACAAGGUGCACAGCGGAGAGAAGAUUACGAUUCACUCGACCAAGUACAGAACUUACGAUCAGUUGAAAGAACAUCUUUCUAAGCAAGUCGGAUUGGUCACUGGACCCGUCCGUAAAGUAUACUCAUUCGACGGUAAGCAAGUAAAGGCACUCGAGGAUUUCGUAGAUGGUCAGAAUUACAUUUGUUGUGGUGGGGAACCAGUUCACUUAGAAACUACAUACAACGUACCGGCACCAGCAGCAGCAGCAGUGCCGGCAUCACAUGAAGAUGGUGUUUAUUAA